AUGUGCUCCUGUCCCUUGGAAAGCGAGCUCCGCCAUCGCCACAGAUCUGCCAUGGCAGCCAAGCGGCUUCUUGCGCUUUGGGUGAUUUUGUGCGUUCCGGUGAGUAGCGAACUUCCCCGACUCCGCUGAGCUCCUCUUUGGGUUCCUUCGCUCUUGGCGACUGCGCGAGAAGAGCUUCAGCUCUUUGCAAACUAGACCUCAAAUGCGCCCUGUGGCUCUCCGGACGCUGCUUCUUGUUGCAGAACAGAAGUGGCCCCCGAUUAGUGGGUGCGCGUGUGCGCGCUGGGCGUGGUGCCCCACUUUCGUCUCGGACAUGCCCUCGUGCCGAGUCGGGAAGAGGGGCUGGGAAAGAUUCGCAGAAGAAACCUGGCCUUGGAGGGAAAGGAGUCCGGGGCGGGGGUGGGUUUAGAUAUGAACUUGUCUAGGGGCGGGCAGCCCCAUCCCCUCUCGCAGUUUGGGGGGCGCGUAAUCGAGCAGUUCAGAUAGUCGCGCGCUUCGUAAGUCCCUUUUUUCACCCAGAACAUGCCCGGGCAAGUCCUGUCUGCUCUCCUCCCCAUUUGGGGAGCAGACGAGGGAAAUCGGGGAAUUUGCAGCGGGACUGGCCCCCGGGGGGGGGGGCGUCUUUCUAGAAACAGGCGUCGGAGCGGGUUGCAGAUUUGGACCGUUGGCGUGCGGGUGAAGAAAGUUUAGUGUUCACACUGGAGACUUAAAUCGGUGCUUAAUUUGGCAUAGAUAUACAGGGUGAGACUUUAAAGAGGCCGCGUGGAACACGUGUUCUCUGGGCCUCUUUUAAAGGCCUGUACCUUGUCCCGCUUCUGAAUUUUUGUCCCGAGUUGAUAGCAUUCGCAGGUAACCAAGAAAAGUGCUUUUGCGCUUCUUUGCCUCCUGCCGGUAUUCCGUGGGUUUACUCGAGAGGCAAGUCUCGGUGCCUUAAAGUGGGGGGUGGAGGGGGGCUAUUUACCGUCGAGGAUUUUGCUGCUUGGUGCUGCGUUGUUUAGCAGAGCUCAGCGCUUAGGUGAAAGUCCCUAUCGAGAACUCGGUGGGACUUGCUCUCGAGUAGACCUGGUUAGGUCGCGCAAGAAACGUUGAGACAAAGAUGGCCAAGCGCGGCAGGUAGGAUGUGUUGACUGCCUUGAAAACUCUCUAGCUAGGUCUUUGAAUGAACAACCCCUUGGAAGCCAGACCCGGUUUUUAAAUAACGGAUGUAAAAGGGGGAGGGAGAAGGCUGGAUUCUGGAAAUACUGGAAACCCCCGGAGGAAGGACUCCGGAUGGGUUAAGGCUUCCCAUCUUGGCCAAGCCGCUCUUCCCCUCCUAUUGGGGGAGACAGCUCCCUUGCGCAGCCCAGCCAGCACAUACCUAUUUCUGAUGCAAUACUUGGCAAUAUUCAUGCACUUCUUGCUGGGGCUUUCUCCUAGGUAAAGCAGGCAUAGACAGCAUCCAGGUUUACAGUGAUGUGACUUCGUGUGACCGCUCCUUUUCCCACAGUUUUGGUUGCCACAUAAUAGUUCAGUAUUUUAUCAUUUGCUGUGCUGGCCUGGUGUGAAGCUGGCAGAAAGUUAAUUCAUCAACUUGCCAGCCCUAUUUAAAUAACGGUGAACGAAACACUAGAUUUAUGGUGCAUAAGUUUAGCAGCAGCAAAUGCCAGUGGGGUUUAAUCCUAGAUUUUCCUGCUGACUUUUGGCAAAAUUAAAUUCUCAAAUGAUUUCCUUAAUUUUGAUUCUGAGGUGCAUAAAAGGAAAUUAUUUACAGGCACUUAUGAGCUGAUGGGCCUACUUUGGUGUAAGCUUUUUCAGGAUGGUAGUUUUGAGUUAAGACAGUUGGUCUCAUGUUUCCUCAUCAUGGAAAUACUGUAAAAUACAUUUUAUAAACUUCUAUAUUUCUUGCUCUAUUUCUGCUAAAACAGUUCUUUGAGGGAGAAGAUGAAGGUUUUGUGAGAGUGGUUGGAAUUAAAGAUGUAGAGGCUGCAUUCUAGUAAUACAUUUUAAAAUGUGGUUUCCUUUCAAGACACUAUUUGAAAACUUCAUAGAGGGUGAGUCAUUGUGUUUUGGAUCACAUACAAAAUGUUUUUCCCCCGUUAGGGCCUUUUAAAAGGUUAGUGUGUUUACUGCUUUGCUGUUCUGCAAUUUAUUUUUAAAUCUAAUAUCGUAAUCUUGCGAUAUUGGCAUCAUUUUUUAAUAGUUGUAAGCUAUGUGGUGCAUAAAUUCUAGAAUUAAAAAUAAAACAGACUGGUGAAUAGAAGCAGUUAACUUUUCUAGUGGAAAAGUUCCAAAAUGUAUAGUUGGGUAGUAGCUUCAUUAGUUCUAACCAAAAUGUCAUACAAUUGUGCAAACUUUGGAGAGCUCGAUAAGUCUUCAUCAGGCAAGAGAUUGGUGCGGUUUAUGUGGAUGUACAAAUAUUAGGCUGAUUGUUACUGCGAGGACAUCAACUUGCAGACUUGCUUCCAAGAUGGAGAUUGCACUGGGGAUACUUUUCUCACAGGGAUUACAGGUAUUGAGUUAAACACCUAGGAUUUUGGAAUUAAACAGGGAUCGUUACCUAUUUCUGAAAAUUAGCCUAAAGGAUAAGCUGACCUCAUGACUGCAACAUCCUUUCUAAUUUUUGUAUGUUUUUGUGGUUUCCUGCACCCCUUUCUGCCUGCUUGGUGUAGCAACUUAAUGCCUGAUUAAGCGUUCUGGAAAACUCAAAGGUUGCCAUAGUUCUGUGACAUUUUGGUUGCUCCUAAUAGACUUUCUCCUGCCAACCUAGCAGUUUGAAAGCACGUCAAAGUGCAAGUAGAUAAAUAGGUACCGCUCCGGCGGGAAGGUAGACGGCGUUUCCGUGCGCUGCUCUGGUUUGCCAGAAGCGGCUUAGUCCUGCUGGCCACAUGACCCAGAAGCUGUAUGCCGGCUCCCUCGGCCAAUAAAGCGAGAUGAGCACCGCAACCCCAGAGUCGGUCGCGACUGGACCUAAUGGUCAGAGGUCCCUUUACCUUUAAUAGACAUUAUCCAACUGAGUAUUUUGGAGUUUUUCCUAUGGACCAACAGUUACCUUUUGAUGCUUAUGGCUUAAUGGAAACGCAGGCCUUCCUAUUCUGCCUCAUCUGUCGGAGGCAGUGUGCCUCUGGAUAAGUUCUCAGAAUCACAAGUGAAGAGAAAGUUGUUGUGCUUUGGUCUUGUAUGUUGACUUUCCACAUGCAGCAGGUUGGCCACUUUGAGGGACAGCUUCUGGCCUAGAUGAGCCUUUGGCCAGAUGCAGCAAGGCUUUUCUUACAGGCGGUGUUCUUAUCUACAUUACUGUUGUAGGAAGAAGCUUUUAUGUAUGGUUAGUAGACCAGAUUCUGUGGCUAUUGUGGCUGUACCUAAUCAGCAGGAGUCGGAGGGUUAAGCUGAAAUGGUUCUAGGCAGUACGGUUUGCUGCUGGUUAACUUGUUCCCCUUUCAGUUAAAAACAGCGUUGCUGAUGAAGUGAUAAUAUGGUGGCUGGCAUCCCAACACCAGUGAAAACCACAGUCCCCACCUUGGGAAUCAUUGUGCCAAGUUUGGUGAAGAUAUUCUGAGUGACUGCCAAACCCAUAGCAAACAGAUGGUUAGGCAGACAAAGCACUUUUCAAAACAGAUACUAGAUCAAAUCAAGGCAAGGUUAUGACCUUCCUUUCUGAAGCCUCCUCAGAGAGUUUCCUCAAAUUUUUAGCAUUUAUUUAUUUUAAAGUAUUUUACUUAGUGCAGUUUAAGGAAACAUUGUCCAGCCAGUAUUCUCCCCAAUAUUGCCUAUUAAUAAGCAAUAUUCUAGCUGGUAGAUCCAAAGCCACUGGGAUAACUGGUUGGCAUUUAGCACUUCUGUUUUGCAUGUUCUUAAAACAGUAAUAAACACCACUGAGCAUAGCUGGUGUCCCAUUGCGGGUGUUUGAAGACAUGUAUACAUGACAUUAGCCACAAUCUAUAUUUGUUGUGUAGUUUCUUAACAAAUACUGCUGCUUGAUGCAUUCCCCCUCAAAUUGGUAUCCAUUCAAUUUGAAAACUUAGCCUCAUUCAGUUAAGCUGAGGCAUGGACAUGAGACAUGGUUGUUGCAUAUGCACAGAUAACAAUGGGGGGUGUUGCAAGUGUGGGGAAACCAGAUGGGUAAUGUGCAUCAGGUGAACACAUCCUUGCCCCCUCUGGUGUGUAAAGCGAUGUACAAAUGCAACUUGAACCUCACUGCAUUUUAAGCCAUUAAAGUGUGUACACAGACUUACUCAUAGCAAGUUUGUUUAGGUUUUCAGCAUUAGUCCAUUUGACUGAGAGCUUUAUUUUCUGCUAUUUGUGCUUGUUUUCUACUUUUAGAUAAGCUUCUUGGAUAUCUUAUCUGCUGUCUGAACAAGGAGGCUGACAAGGGUGUGUGGAGUUCAAUUCUGAGCAAUCAGCAGCAGCUUAUCAGUGUUUGAAAGAAGCAGUUCUGAAAUGUGUAGACAAGGAGAGGAUGAUGUAAUGCUUCGCCCCCAGAAAGUAGUUGGAGGGGGUGAUAGGCUUACAGCACCAGUGGAGAGAACACUUCUCUAUAGCUCCUGUAUUAUUCUUAUUUGUCUAAAAUGUGGCCAGUUGGGGAGGGGUGUGGAAUGAUCUUGCAUAAUUUCUUCUACCACGAGAAGUUUGUUUUUCCCACUUGCUAUGCUUUUUCAAAAAACAAAAAAACUAUAUGAGGAUGAUACGUAGAUGGUACUUAACACCUAACAAAUUAUCAAAAAUGUUUAAGAAGGUUCCUAAUACAGUGGUACCUCAGGUUACAUACGCUUCAGGUUACAGACUCCGCUAACCCAGAAAUAGUACCUUGGGUUAAGAACUUUGCUUCAGGAUAAGAACAGAAAUCAUGUGGCGGCGGCGAGAGGCCCCAUUAGCUAAAGUGGUGCUUCAGGUUAAGAACAGUUUCAGGUUAAGAACGGACCUCCAAAAUGAAUUAAGUUCAUAACCUGAGGUACCACUGUAAUUGCUGAAAGUGUAAACAGGUAGGUGGAUCUUUUUUCACAUGUGGUGGACUUGCAAGAAAGUGAGGGUGUUUGGGGAAAUGUUUAAUAUGAGUAUAUAAAAAAAUCCAGAAGUGUGUGUUAGCCAUUAUAGAGUCCGAGCAGGCUGAGCUCUUGGGGCUGCUUGGAGCAUGGCUGCCUUCUGCAGGCUGCUGGGGCUCCAGAGCACCAGAGCCCAGCUGCAGAGCUAAGCCACCUGGUGCCCCUGGGGGUGGACUUGAGCUGGGCUUGGGGCAGCCAGUAGGCAAUGGAAGCGCUUUUGGUCGCUGUUUGAGGUGCCCUUGAGAGAGGGCUCAUCAAGCUGGGUGCUUUGGGCUGCGCUGCUUAUCUUUGAAGUAAGGAGCCUGGAGGGGGGGGGCAUGCUGGGCAGGGUGGUGGAGGUUGAGAGGAGGAAAUAUGUUGGAUUCAAUCUCCCAACUUUUGAGGCUGGUUGGUACUCUGGGGCAGGCAGAUCAGCUUCUAAGCCAGGUGCUUCUGUGUGGUGGUGGUGGUGGUGGGGCACCCCAAAGGCCCAGCACCAAUGGUAGGGUGCAAAAUCACGAAGGGGGAUAGAAUGGAAUUUUGGUGCCGAAAAGUGUGGGGUGGGUGGUUGUCUGUGUGUGUGUUUUUCAGUACAGAAGACUUGACUUUUUUGCAAUACAGAGAAGAUUGGGAUUCACCAAUCAGUAGGGGAGAGAAAGGAACUGAGAUGUCCCAUUGAUGUCUGCAUUGUUAAAGAAAAGCCAGACUCUUCCCAUUUAUGUGUAAAAGGUCCCAGUUUAAAUUUCUGGUAUCUCCAGGUAGGGGUGGAAGGACUUCCUCCUGAAAUCCCAGAUCUCCACUGCCGCGUAGAUAGUCCUGUGCUAGAUAGUCUGAUGCAGGAGGGGUAAGCAGAGACCAGAGCAGCAGCAGUGAAGACCUUUGCUUUCUAGGCGGGGGACAUUUGUACAUCUGGCACUGAGAACAGCUGGAAGAUCUAUGAACUCCUGUUAAAAUGAGUCUGGUUAGCUAAGUCUGGAUGUAAGAUUCAUUCCUUGGAGGGAGCAGAAGUCUGAAACAUUCCAGGCAUGGCAAGAAUUUUUCAAAGUGUCCCCAUCAUCCCUCCAAAACCACAGGCGAAUUGGGGUGUUAACAAGUGUGGACACCAUGGCGGCAUUGAUCAUAAACUUUGCCAGUUCAGCAGAAAGUCUUAGGACAGAGGCAGUCUAAGGUAACUCCUGUCCCCUCUUGUCUUUGCUAUCAGCUUGAAGCCAAGGCAACAAGCCUUGGUGCAACACAGAACCCAGAAGACGCCGUAUCUGUGGCCUUGAAACAGAAUGAUGAGUUCUAUGAACACAAAGGGCAUAUUUGUAAGAAAUGCCCUGCAGGUACUGUAUCCUCAAAUUGAUCUGACUCAGUCUCCCCUGCAUGCCUGCCUACUUGGCUCCAUUUGGGUUUUCGCCCCCUGAUCUUUGUGACACUGAAAAACAUUUACCAGAGUAACUGAUGAAUAGCUGCGUAAGAAUGCAAAAGGAGUUUUCAUAUAGCAUAUACAAGCAAAAAAACUGAUUGUUUUAACUAGCUUUUAGAAAUGCAUAAGGCUUAGGAGCACCUGACGUUGCUGAAGCUGAGCAGGUGUGGUCCUGUUAUACCUGCUAGGAGGUCCAUGUAACAGCAGUUUAGAACUUAAAAAUAACCCAGCUUCAUAAUCCAGAAGGAAAACCAUGUCUAGGAGUCCUGGAAUCCACAUUUAGCUAUAAGUGAGGACUGGAAAAAAUAGGUCUACUUGAGAGAAAAAUGCUGCCGCCGAAUUCAACCUACUGUAGUUAAGGAAGUGACUCGGAGGUUUUUGAUCCUCCUUCUGGUUCAAAAAUUAAAAUACAUUCUGUGACCAAAAAAUAAUCUUCAAUCUCAUUCUGCUCUUGCUUCUGAGUGAGGCUAGUCUGGUACGUCACGUCAGAUAUUCCUCCUUCACUAGGGUCUACUUCCAGUAUAACAGAAUUUUAAAAAGAGCACAAAUACCACAAAUAACUUGCCACUAUUUUUCCUGCAUCAUCCAUUCCUGAUUUUCAGGGAAAUGGCCUCAGGUGAUGCGCCACCUAGCAAACCGAAGCCAGUUUAGGUCUGGUCAGGGUCAGGGUGGGAACCCAGUGUACCUGCUUCUUAUGUACUUUGCCUUUGGUGCCAUCAGGAAGGAAAGGUGAGGAGUAAAUGUUUCUGUGACAGAAGGUUCAGACCAAGCGGAGUUUGUUGGUGCAGCGCAGGCAGAAUCCCACCUGAGGGAUGUGGCUCUGUGCUGAGCUGGAGCUUCACUCAGGCGGGGGGAGACACCACAUUUUUGGUUGCUGGCAUUAAACUGGAUAGCAGUAUAAACUCUGUGUGACAUCUGCCCUGAGGAACUAUUUAGAGCCAGAGAAGGCAGUCUGAGCUGGGGGUUAGAUUGAAAGACAGUGGCUAUUUCUUUCGAAGGUAUACAGACACAGGAGAACUGGGAAGCUGAAUUUUGGGAGAGGAGAAGUGAAGGAAUUCUCCACUUAAAUCCCAAUUCAAUAGGAAGGAGAGAGAUCUAGUGAGAGGAGAAUAAUCCGAAACCAGUUAGAAAGGGAGUAUGUGCUGCUCCCCUGCUCUGAUAGACUAACAGAGGAGCCUCAGGUGUGAGGUUUCUAAAGGCUGGGAAACGGAAAGACAAAGGACAAAGUCCCAGCCUCUUCCAGGACCCUCACGUUAUUGGAAACCUCAGCUCUCUAACACUUGGGGCAAGUUUAAGUAACUGAAGAAAAUCAAAGCUGUAAAUGUACCAUCUGAUUGAGAAGCCUGUGACAUCUACACACAGAGAAAGAUUAUUGGAAGACUUCCAGCUCUGAAAUAUUUCUGUUUCCUAUUCUCAUUGUGAAAUAAAUCCUUUUUCUGUUUAACUUCCCAGAGGUUCUAAGUGACAGUUUACUUUUUUGAAAAAGCCAGAAAAAGGGGGGUGGGGUGGGCACACUACAGUGGUGGUUGCAGUGGGAUCUGAAACUAAAACUCAUAACUAAGUACAGUAGUCCCACAAGUAAAAUACAAGGAUACAAUAAAGUAUUUUAUAUUUUUGUGAAGGAAUAAAGGAAAACUACUGGCAGAAAAUGGCACUCCCUUAUAAAACUCAAGAGUCACGAACAGAGCAAAAUCAGAAGGAGUGACUUCUGAGGGAAGUUCUAGUCAGUAGUUAGAAUUUAUGAAAAUAAGACUUGAGAUGGCCAAGUUAGAAGUAGAAAAGGGAAAAGACAGACUUCAAGCAGAACAGCAGGUUCAAUUAGCCAAAAUACAGUCAGAGAAAACGAAAUAUAUAAAAAUAUAAAAGAAAUACAACUAAGAGCAGAUUUACCAAGUCCACAGAGAAGUGAGGAAAUUGCCUCAGUGAAACAAAAGAAAUUUCCAUGUUAUGAAAAAGUGGGUGAUGUGGAGACUUUAGUUUUGAGAGAACUUGUAAUGAUUUCAAGGUUCCAGCAGUGGCGUAGCGUGGGGGUGCAGGGGGGGCCGGCCGCACCGGGCGCAACAUCUGGGGGUUAGGGUGAGGGGGCGCAAAUCUACGGGUUAGGGGGCGCAAAUUACUUGCCUUGCUCCGGGUGCUGACAACCCACGCUACGCCACUGGGUUCCAGAUGAAGCCAGAAUAACAUAUUUGCAUCCAGAGAUUUGUGGAAUUCUCCUUGAGGUUUGCUCAGAAAUGAGGGAUGAAGAAACCUCAGAUUAUUUGCUCUUUGAGAAAAGGGCGAGAGCCCAUGUUGGGCUUACUGCUGAAUAGUGCAGAAAAACUUCUAAAGAGAUUAAAAGGAAAUCUGGUGAAACUUUUGCCCAAUUGGCUUGCUGUCUAAAUAGAGCCUUGAAUAGAUGAAGGAAGUAAAGUUCAGAAAUUUGAAGAACUAAAACAAUUGAUAGGCUUGGAGCAGGUUGAUUACCAUUCUCCCUCAUACUGUAGUUGGUUUUUGAGGGAUAAAAAGCUGCGGAGAAAGCUGCCAGUUUUCUUGAUGAGAUAGAAGGGGAUAUUGGAGGGUCGCCAUUCCCACCCGCCUUCAAGAAAAGAAAUGUUUGGGGCCCCUCAGUGAAGUGAUGUGCUGCCUUAAAAUACUAUUGCAGGCAUGCUCACAAAUUAUGUGUAGUAGUAGUUGGUAAUAUUUACCGGUAGUUGCUUGUUACCAAGGUCUUAAAGCAACGUACAUUUGAAGCUAUAAAUACAAUAUACAGUUGUAUAAAAGUUGCAGGGCUGGACUAGAUGAUCCCUGGGAUUCCUUCCAACCCUACAAUUCUAAGAUUCAGUUCUAUGGUUCUGUGAACAUUCUCGCCACACAAACACCUAUGCACACAAUCAAAAACACACAGAGCCCAGUGUGCAUUUGUUGUGUGCAUAGAGACUGAGUUUUCUUACAUGAAUAGUCAGUGAGCAGUUCCUGGCCUGUGAGACGGUUUCUAUGCUCUUUUUCUAAUACACUUCUUUCUUUUCUUUUGCAGGUCAUUAUGUCUUCCAACAUUGCAAGAGUUCAGGAACUGAAGGGGUUUGCCACCCCUGUGAAAAUAAUACAUUUUCCAAAUACUUGAAUGAUUUUGAAAGAUGCCUCCCCUGCACGGAGUGCAGACCUCUAGGUACUGAGUGGGGGCAGCUUGGGGGCUCUUUUGGCCUAGAGGCAGAGCACAGCCUUGCACUGCCUUCACAGCUGAACCAAUGGUUAUGAGCUGCGCAUGAGAGCGAAAGGAUUUUCUCUGCAGUUACUACGUAGGUACUGCAGAACCAAGUUGGUCGAAACUUGCAGGCAGUUUACAUUAGACAGUGGUAAUGUGUACUUCAUAAUUUAUGUUUUAGAAUUUUUUUUAUUGAGUUUUACAUUGCAAAUCUAAAUUCAAACAAUAAACAACACCACCAUCAUUUAGGAUUCCCUGAAUCUUUUGAUUCCCCUCCACCCUUUCAUGGUUACCAUUUUCAAUCUUUUUCCAUUGCUUCACUUGUUUUUGUUUUUCUUAUAUAAUCCAAUUUUACCUCAGUUUUUAGUACAUUACAAACGUUGCUUGAAUCCUGCCAGUUUUUAAUUGUUUACAGUGUUCUCUUAAGUACAAUGUAAAUUUCCCCCAUUCUUUCUUAAAGUUCUUCUCUUCCUGGUUUCUGAUCUUCCCGGUAGUAUGUGCGCUGCUGUCGUUGCAUACAUAAAUAAUAGUCUCUGCUCCUUUGGUAUCUCUGCACCUAAAAUUCCUAGUAAAAAAGCCGCUGGUUUUUUCACAAAUGUUGUUUUAAACAUUUUUUUCAACUCAUUAUAUAUAAUUUCCCAGAAUGCUUUUAUCUUGCACGUCCACCACAUGUGGUAGAACGUGCCUUCCUUCUCCUUACAUUUCCAACAUAACUUUGAAGCAGUUCUAUACAUCUUAGCUAGUUUAAUAGGUGUUAAAUACCACAGAAACAUCAUUUUCAUAUAAUUUUCCUUCAACACACAGAAUACUGUAAAUUUUAAGUCAUCCCUCCAUAACUUUUCACAAGAUGAAAAUUCGAUAUUGUGUGCAAUAUCUUGUGCCCAUUGUAUCAUUACUGAUUUAACUUCUUCAUCCUUAAUAUGCCACUCUAGCAACAACUUAGACAUUUUAGAAAGUAACUUCAUAUUAUUUUCCAAUAAAUCUUUUUCAAACCUUGAAAUUUCCUUACUAUAUCCAUUUUUCUUAUCCAUAUUAAACACAUUAUUUAACUGGUGAUAUUGCAGCCAGUCUGUUACCAAAUGUCUUAUGUCCUCAAAACUUUUCAAUUUCAAUUGUUGUUCUACUUCCAUAGGUUGCCCAUUCACUUUUUGCAUUAGUCUUUUUCAGGGAUAUCACUUCCAAUGGAGAAAGCCACCAUGGUGUCUUCUGCUCUAACAGGUUUUUAUAUUUUCCCCAUACAUCAUAAAUUGAUUUUCUUACCAGGUGAUUCAGAAACCCUUUAUGCACUUUGGUCUUCUCAUACCAUAAAUAUGCAUGCCAACAAAAUUUAUUAUCAUGACCCUCAAGGUCUAAGAUAAUCAGUAUUUUUUGAGGUUAUCCACUCCCGCAGCCAGCAGAGACAGGACGCUUCAUAAUAUAAUUUCAAGUCCGGCAGAGAAAAAACGCUUCUUUCUUUAGCACCUGUUAAUAAUUUAUAGUUAAUCCUUGGAUUCUUCCCCUGCCAGAUAAAUCUGGAAACAUCUCUUGCUAUUGUUUGUAGUGUCCCGCUCUUCUGACUAUGGGUAUUGUUUGAAAUAAGAAUAGCAUUCUUGGCAAUACAUUUCCAUUACUGAAAUUCUUCCCCAUAGUGAUAAAUUCAUCCUUCCCCAAACAUCCAUAUUUUUCUUUAUUUCUUUCCAGGUUGUCACAUAAUACAAAGCCAUUGGCAAAUGCUUUUAGCUUGUAUGCUUUGCACCCAACUGUUAUACCUUUUGUUUGUUCAUCAGAUUCUUUAAUACUAAAAUAAAUUAAUGAUGACAGGGGUCUUGUCCCUUUUGUAAUUUUACAUUUUUCUGAUACUACAUUAUUCACUAUCAACAUUGCCUGCUGGUCUGUAUAAAUUGCAUCAAUUCCCUUUAGAAAUAAAUUUCCAAAAUUCAUUAUCUCCAUAGUUCUUUUCAUAAAGGUCCAUGACAAUGCUGUCAAAGGCCUUCUCUGCAUCCACAAACAUCAAGGCUGCUUGCUUUUCAUUCCUCACAUCCAGAUAUUCUAUUAUAUCAGUUACAUUUCUUAUAUUAUUCUUCAUCUGUCGGCCAGGAAGAAAGCGAGAUUGAGCUUGAUGAAUUAACUCUUUAACACCAGUUUCAAACAAUUUGCCAUUAUAAUAAUCAUUAUUAAGCAGAGAAAUCGGCCUAUAAUUUUUAACUGAGAGCAGGUCUGUGUCUUGUUUUGAAAGUAAUGUUAUAUACACCUCUUUCCAUGAAUCUGGUAUUUUUCCUGUAUUUAAUAUUUCAUUCAUUACAUUCUUCAGCGGUUGUAUCAAAAAGUCUUGUUAAUUUUUUAGAAUACUUUGCUGAUAAACCAUCUUGCCUUUAAUUUAUUACAAUUCCAGAGCAGAUUUCUGAGAUCCACCAGAUACUUCCCACAUGUUUUCAAGGUUCUUCACAGUAAUAAUGCCUGCUGGAAGCUUGCUUUUCUUUUUCUUUUAUGAAAGCUGAGUGUGUUUUUGUUGUUACUGAAAAAUCUCACUUCAUGCAUCGCUCCACUUGCAUCAAAGCAACUACUAUGAUGCUGUAAUCAAUCUGGCACAUUUCACCAAUUCUCCCAGGAUUCCUUGUUCUGGAGAAAAGGUGAUCCACUUACUUGAGUUCCAUUGUCUUUCCAGAUGAGGUGGUGCUUCAGCCAUGCACCACAACCAGUGAUACCCAGUGUGCUUGUAAGAGCGGCACCUUCUGCUCCCCUAGCCUUCCAUGUGAAACAUGCCAUACAUGCACAACCAGGUAAAGGCAUUAAGAUAAGCAAAUGGAACCCAGUUACUCUUGCCACAACCUGAUUAUCAGCCUGUGGCAGCACAAGGGCCGACUUUUUUACUGGUGGUACCAGUAUUGUAGAAUGACCUCCCUGCUGAAAUAUGGAAGACCCUAUCAGUACAGUGGUGCCCCGCAAGACGAAUGCCUCGCAAGACGGAAAACCCGCUAGACGAAAGGGUUUUCCGUUUUGGAGGUGCUUUGCAAAACGAAUUUCCUAUGUGCUUGCUUCGCAAGACGAAAAUGUCUUGCGAGUUCCUGCAGGGUUUUGUCGCCCCCCCUUUUUCCCAAGCUGCUAAACCGCUUAUCAGCUGAUGGCUAAGCCGCUUAUCAGCUGAUCUUUAACCGCUUAACAGCUGCAUCUAAACCGCAUAUCAACUGAUCUUUAGCCGCUUAACAGCUGAUGCUAAGCCGCUUAUCAGCUGAUCUUUAAGCCGCUUAACAGCUGAUGCUAAGCCACUUAUCAGCUGAUCUUUAAGCCGCUUAACAGCUGAUGCUAAGCCACUUAUCAGCUGAUCUUUAAGCCGCUUAACAGCUGAUGCUAAGCCGCUUAUCAGCUGAUCUUUAAGCCGCUUAACAGCUGAUACUAAGCCGCUUAUCAGCUAAUACUGUAGCGCUAAGCGCUAAACCUCUAAUGGGCUUGCUUCGCAAGACGAAAAAAUCCGCAAGACGAAGAGACUCGCGGAACGGAUUCUUUUCGUCUUGUGAGGCACCACUGUAUUGGCAUCCUGGCUCUUGGCUCUUGGCAGCAUGCCUGUUCAGGCGAGGAUUUGCUUGAACUUUUCUUUAAUUGUUACAUUUUUAACUGGCUACUUUUAUUGUAUUUUUAAAUUGUGAAUGUUUUAAUACUUUGAGAGGAUUGUUUACUUAUGGAUUUUAAUUGUAUGGAUUUUAUACUUGUAAACUGCAUGGGACCCAUUUUGUCAUAUAAAUUAUUUCAUAGAAAUGCCUCCUAACCCUAAAACAAAGCUUAGGCUGCCAUCCUGUACUCACUUCCCUGGGAGUAAGCUCCAUUAAACACAGAUAGGCUUACUUGAGGGGCAGACAUGUAUACAACAGUACUAUAAGUUGAGAUUUUAUUUGUGAGCAUGAUGGUACCUAAGACUGUCUCUUCAGGAUGCAGGCUAGAAGUUACCUGCUCGAAUCCUUUCUUUACUCCCACGUUGGGUAGGGAGGGGUCCCUUUUAUACUGAAACCUAGCCUUUCAAGAUGAAGGCAUGACUAUAAUUAUAUAAUACUAUAUAAUACUAUCACAGGGCAUUAUAGAUGAUUCCAAACCUAUAGACUACCUCAUCCACAUUUUGAAAUAAUGCAGUCCUGGGAGAGCUAAACAAUGACUGAAGGCAGAUUAUUAUUUAUUAUGUAUUUACUACAUUUUUUUAGGGACACGGGUGGUGCUGUGGGUUAAACCACAGAGCCUAGGACUUGCUGAUCAGAAGGUCGGCGGUUCGAAUCCCCGUGACGGGGUGAGCUCCCGUUGCUCAGUCCCUGCUCCUGCCAACCUAGCAGUUCAAAAGCACGCCAAUCUGCAAGUAGAUAAAUAGGUACCGCUCCAGCGGGAAGGUAAACGGCAAUUCCGUGCGCUGCUCUGGUUCGCCAGAAGUGGCUUCGUCAUGCUGGCCACAUGACCCGGAAGCUGUAGGCAGGCUCCCUUGGCCAGUAAAGCGAGAUGAGCGCUGCAACCCCAGAGUCUGUCACGACUGGACCUAAUGGUCAGGGGUCCCUUUACCUUUACCUUACAUUUAUUUAUAUCCUAUCCUCUUUCCCUAAAUUGUCCAGGGUGACAUAGAUUAGGUACACCUUCCUAAAUAUGCAUCCUCUACAGGGCUAAAAUUGAGCUGCCCAUCACCAGGCAGCAGGGUGCAAAAAAGUAGAACUAUCAUAACAGCAAAGGACAACCUCAUUGCAAGAUUCAAAAGUCCAGUGACUGUUUCAGUUUGAUUCUUGGUUGCUGCAUGAAAACAUCCCUAAUUUGUCCACACACAUGAUUAUUUUGAAACUGUUUCCAUCUCUAAGGGAAGCACCUGAAAUUCCAGCUUCCUUUAAGUCAAGAAAAUGUUUAGUUCCAUCUACACUGGUUUUCCUCUUUUGCCUGGCAGGUGUCCUGAUGGAGAAACGAUGGUUCAGCCUUGUACCCCUGAAAGUGACAUGCAGUGUGUAAAGGCCCCAGGUCCUGCUGAUGCAACCUCUCAAACUCCUGCAGCAGGUAAGACUAGUAGAUUCUGUAUGUGUGUGCAGAGUUAAUGCAGUAGGCAGUAUUCUGUUUAGCCAAGGAUUUUCAAACAGAACAAGCGGGACUUGCAACCAAACUUUAGUGUAGAAUAUUGUUCAGGUUUCCAGGCAGCCCUUUCCCAUUCCAUAUCUUCCCCACUAGCUUUCUGCCUAUUUCCUCCCACUGAGUGUAUAUAGUCCUUGUUUCAGCUAUUUUGGGUUUCCCACAUAAAAUCCAAAUUAUCACUUUGUACUGUAUAUGUAACGGAACUUGCUGUUUUUAUUCUCUUGAGGUUCCAGUGGACAUAUACUUUUGAUUUUGGGUAUUCUGGCUUGUGUCGCUCUGGUUGUUGCUGUUGCUGUUGGAAUUUGCAAGUGCCGUACUAAAGGUAAGAAAUCUUUCUGGCCUCCUUUAUGGGUGAGGUUGCAAAUGGGCAUGGAAAGCAUAGAAAGACCAGGGCAUUGUAUAUUGUGCUGCUAAAUGGGGAUUUUGUGGCCAUCCAUCCAGAUUGCCAACAUGGUCCAUAUCUGCUGUCUUGAGAGCAGUACAUGUGAAAAGGAUCUAGGAGUCUUGGUUGACCACAAACUUGACAUGAGCCAACAGUGUGACGCGGCAGCUAAAAAAGCCAAUGCAAUUCUGGGCUGCAUCAAGAGGAGUAUAGCAUCUAGAUCAAGGCAAGUAAUAGUGCCACUGUAUUCUGCUCUGGUCAGACCUCACCUGGAGUACUGUGUCCAGUUCUGGGCACCACAGUUCAAGGAGGACACUGACAAACUGGAACGUGUCCAGAGGAGGGCAACAAAAAUGGCCAAAGGCCUGGAAACGAUGCCUUAUGAGGAACGGCUAAGGGAGCUGGGCAUGUUUAGCCUGGAGAAGAGGAGGUUAAGGGGUGAUAUGAUAGCCAUGUUCAAAUAUAUAAAAGGAUGUCACAUAGAGGAGGGAGAAAGGUUGUUUUCUGCUGCUCCAGAGAAGCGGACACGGAGCAAUGGAUCCAAACUACAAGAAAGAAGAUUCCACCUAAACAUUAGGAAGAACUUCCUGACAGUAAGAGCUGUUUGACAGUGGAAUUUGCUGCCAAGGAGUGUGGUGGAGUCUCCUUCUUUGGAGGUCUUUAAGCAGAGGCUUGACAACCAUAUGUCAGGAGUGCUCUGAUGGUGUUUCCUGCUUGGCAGGGGGUUGGACUCGAUGGCUCUUGUGGUCUCUUCCAACUCUAUGAUUCUAUGAUUCUAUCCUUUUUCUGUGUCCUAAGAUGAGGGUUUCCGAGUCUCCUCUAAACUGAAAAAAACUAGAAUUCUUCACCUAGUCAAUCUGAAUUAAAUCCAUAUCUGCCUAAUUCUACAGGUUUUGCCCCCCACCCCAUUAAUUUGCUUUUCUAGACAUGCAAUGGAGAGAAGGGACAAUAAAGCCUGCCCUGCCAACAACUGAAAAUCAUACCCAGCCAUUGCUUGGGCGCAUGAGAUUUCUGCACACAUAGCUGGGGGGGGGGGAUUCUGUUGCAUCAAAGUUGAGAUUAUCCACAUGCUGAUAAUACUAUUUCUGUUGGAGUUAUGAAUAGCUCAGAAUCCACUAAUGUGGAUCAAAGGAACAAAAGUUGCCAUGGAAACAACAAAUUGAUCUUGCAUUUAUGGAAUUCACCUUUUUUAUCUUGAGGGUCAAUAACAGUUGUUGAUGCCAGUAUUAUGUUACUGUCUCCCUGUUCUCUUCCAGGCCCAAUUUAAGUUGCUCAUAUGAUUUACACACCUUAUUUUCUGCUCCCCCACCCACCCAUUUGUGUCCCACCACAAUCCCCAGGACCUCCUUCCACCUUUAUCUUAUUGAUAUCACUGCGGCAUCAGGUUUGGUGAUCAUGGCACAAAGAAGGUUUUUUGGUGGCUAACUGCAAGAUCUUCAACUUGGAACCUGAUCACCUUUCUCAAUGUUGCUGGCAGACAAUACUCAUCCUAUGCCCAUGUAUUUGGGAAGUAUUUGGAUAUUCCUGACUUGCUCAGGUGAAACAGAGGGCAAGAGAUCAAGUCUUUUCUCCACACCCUGAUGACAGUGGUGAUGGACAGACUACAAUAACCAUUUGCCCCAGCUAACAUGGCCAUUGGUGAGGAAGAAUGGGAGCUGUAACCCAACAAACACUUGAAAGGCAUGAGUUUGGGUAGGAUUUAUUUGCAGUAAUAAUCCUCCUGCCAAGGGAGAAAUGCGAAGUUGUGCUUAUUGUUUUGGUCAUUGACAGAAGUGCAAAGCCUGCCCUUGACUUCCUGCAUCUCUUUUGCCAUGAGCAGUUCCAGGGCAGCCAGGAGGUGGCCAGGGGCUGGCUUCUCACCACUGCCUCACUGAUUAACAUGCUUCCCCCAUUGUGUGUGGUGUAGGGAUUCAGGAGGUCUGGCCACUGUAGUCCUGGGUUUUCCCUUUUGAAAUGUAAGGCCUGAAGCUGAUGGGGAAACUUCUGGUCUUGGCUAGUCAUUUUAAUGGAUGAACGUCGGGGCAAGCCAAGGCCGGGUCAGGACCCUACAGAUGGAAGCUUGCUAAAAUAUUAAGCAGUACAUAAAUGCUUCUAAAUAAAUAGUAAUGGCAUCCUAUUUUCUCUUACAGACAGCAGAAAAGGAUCUGUAACAAGUGUGUGGGACUCCAAGGUGAGGCCUGCUUCCUUCUUUAGAGAGGGUAAAAUCAUUAGGGAUAAGUGGAUUUUUAUUUAUUUUUUUGUUGUUGCAAGAUUAUGACAUCUUUAAAAAGUUACACGGGAAGCUGUUUUUAUACCAAGUUUAGACCUCUGUUCUUCCUAGCUCAGUAUUGUGUACACUGACUGGCAGCCGCUCUCCAGGGUAUCUGGGUGGGAUCUUCCUGGAGAUAUCUGGGUGUUGAACUUGGGACCUUUGGCAUACAAACCAAGUCCCCUACCAUAAAGCUAUGCCCCUUCCCCUAUUUCACAAUAUUAGUUAUAACAUUGCGACUUCACUAUUGCAUUACUGCACAAAAAUACCAGGAUUCCUUUCUCAGUUGGAAGGCCUUAUUGUUUUUAUUUUUUACUAUUACUUCAUUUUCAAAGAGGCAGAACAGGGAACCUAAGUCCCACUUCUAGCUCACAAAAUUCCAGAAAGAUUUCCUCCCACAGAAUAUAGUGGAUUGCAUAAUUUUGAUUUUAAGCCAUUAAAUCUAUUCAGUAUAGCAGAAUGUCAAAAUCUGGGUGUGAAUCCCUCCUCUCCAAAUUGUGUAUCCAGACUAAAUGGUCAUGUGUAAAUUUAGUGACAUUUCUUUGUGUAUUGUAGAAAUAGCACUUUGGUUUCUAUCAAGUUGGAGUGCCUCAUUCCUCAAAACAUAACUUGCUUUUUUAGAAGGGGGCAUUCCUAUUCACAGCAGUCCUUCUUAUAAAAUUGUAAAAUUAUUUAUUGUUUAUUGAAAAUAUAUACUGCCCUAUACUUGCAGGUCUCAGGGCAGUUCAUAUUUUGGAUCCAUAGAAAAGACAUGUACUGGAACAAGAAUUUCCCCUUAAAUCAAGGGUGAUAAGUCUGUGGCCCUUCACUUGUGACUGAACUGCCAAUUCCCGUCAGCCCUGGCCAACGUGGCCCAUAGGGAUAGAUUAGACUGAAAGCCUAUGCAAACAUAAUCAAUAAUACAUUUCAUUUAACUUGGUGGGACAGGAUUCUGAUAGAUAUGACUUGUAAAGGUGGUAGGUUAGGUAUCUUUUUAAAAAAAGGCAAAAUCUACCCAUGCAGAGGCAAGUAACAUUUUGGUGGACUAAAAUUGCAUUGCGUUUUAUUGCAAGAUUUUCCGAAGACUGCGGCGAAAAUGUACUCGUAGACCACAGGAAGUAGAGGUCUUGUGGGAUGUACAGGUUAACCAGAGGAUCCAAUCAUCUUCACUUGAACAUGUCAAUUCCAAUGCAAGAGAGUCUGAAACCACACCUCUGCAAACAACUGGCUCUUCAGAGGAGGUAAGCAGGAUGAAAAAGCACAAGGUAUUGCCUGUUAGCCAAGUCACAUAAAUAACUCAAAGUUCAGAGAGAAGACAAAUCUGGUAACACUUUAUUGAGGAAAGAUGAACAAAAACAGUAUAAUUUGAGAAAGGAACAGAGGUAUUUCUUAUUUCAGACCUUGUACAGAUCAGAGACAUUCAACCCUACUUACACUCUCAGAACUAAUCAGCCGAUCAGUGCAUGUGCUACCUCAGCAAGCAUCUUGCCACUCUACUUGGUUGCUAAGCAACACCCCCCCAGCUUGCUUACUUACUGAUAACAGAAUUAACCCUGAAGUUGUACCCAGAAUGAUCUCUGCUAUUACACUUCUAGCAUUACCUGUCUUGGGAUGCCUCUAAAGCUCCUUGGAACAAAGGAGGCUGGUGCACAGUGCUAAUUCAGACUGCAAAGAGGCUGGUGGAUAUCUCUUGCCUAUCAGCCAGCAGCUGAAAAGAAUAUUCUCUAUCUAAAGCUUGUUUCAUUUAGAGAUAGAAAGCAACUUUACCUACAGCUGGAAUAUCCUUUCAGUACUCUUCCAUCAAUCAUUUUAGUAAUACGUUUGGUUUGUUUCUGUUCUGACCCAUUGCAGGUUCAGGUCUCUACAGAGCAGAGAAGGUAUCUGGUUCCUGCAAAUGGGAAGGAUCAAAUGACUGGUAAAUGUCCUUACAUUCUUAGCCUGCACAGUCAUUUAAAAUAUAUUGCUAAAUCAGGGGUCUCCAAGCUUUUUUGGACCAAUAGACCCACUGAAGUUAAUGGACCUAACUCAAUCAUGUUCAUUAAUUUCAUUGAGUCUACUCUGAGUAAAACAUGGUUGAAUACCACCCUAAAUAUAACUUCCUUAGUUCAGAUAGCAUUUUCAGUGCAGGAAGAAAGAAAUAUGAGUGCUUGAAUAACGGAAUAGUGGGAACCAGUGCUGCUGAUUUACCUUAUGCCAAGUCCCCUCCUUGCACUCAGCUCUCACCUGUAGCUCCUAGAAGCUGUCAGCAUGUGGCAGCUGCCACACCCUGGGAAUGACCUCGACUGGCUGGCUAAACCAGGUGAGGGUUCCUUCUGUGAACGUCCCCUGCAUGUGAAGACAGGCUCCAGCGGAUUGAGCAGACGAGACCAAUAGUGGGCCCAAGAGUCAAGAAGGCGGUUUCUGCUGUAGAGGGGAGUGAAGGGCAGAUGGGGCUUGUCAACCUGGGAAGGUAGUCCGUUUAGGAGAAGGAAGAUUCUGAUCCUAAACCUCUGCUGUCUUGUGGGAGAUCUUGGGGAGAAGAGAAGGCUAAGCAUUAAACCCUACAAAAUCCAGAGUGGAGUCCCUAAGGCAGUUGGAUGGCACCUUGUAUGUCUCCUUCCAGCCAAGCUGCUGCCAAAUGUCUUGCUCUGCUUUCCUUUGGACCACAUUAGCAAGGCCCAGAAGGUCUUGUCUUCUGGGCAGUCCAGGACUUCCAUACAAAUGGCCCAGGCUUGUGCCCCUGGGAGGUCACUUUGGUGCUGCUAACAGUGGUUUGACUUCACCCCUGGAGGUGCAGUCCAUUGUCUCUCAAGGUAGAUGGAUGCCAACAACAGCUGUCUCAAACCAUUGAUCUGUCUAACAGUAACAGCCUGCAUGGUAUGUUCCACAUGUCGGUGGACUACAACUCCCUUCAUCUCUGCCCAUUGGCAAUACUAGCUGGGACUGAUGAGAAUUGGAGUUCAACAACAUCUAGAGGGCACCAUGUUGGCAACCCCUGAACUACAGCAGCCAGCAGCAUCUCUCCAGAGAUCCAGGCACUUCCAUCCCAGCCCUACCUGAGGAUGCCAGGGACUAAACCUGGGAAUAUCUGCAUGCAAAACAUGCUUCACCAGGCAGCUGCAGCCCUUUCCAUAGACAGAGAAUAACUGGCACAAGAUCCCAGGGACAGAGGACAACAUCUAAAUGGUUCUUUGUCAGUUUGGCAUAGAAUUGAUUCUGCCCUGUCAGACUAUAAAUAGAAAUUAAGCAUCCAGGAAUGUUAGGAGUUUACACAAAGACCUAAAGUAGCUGAAUGAGACCAAACAGUUCCCCAAUUUUUGAAAAUAAGACAAGGGAUUGGGGAUUGGGUUACAAGUUUGUACCCCCAAAACACAUACACAUUUACGUGUGUUGGUAUACAGCAGAAUCACUAGAACACCAUAAAUGCUUGGCAGAACUAACAUUUUCAGCAGGUGGCAAGAUAUCAGGACUUUGGCCGAUUACAUGAUUUUAUUGGGAACAUUGUUCCAGGCUAGUGGUGCCACUAUACUGGGGCACGAAAAGUGUGCAGGACAUUGUAUGCAGUGAAUUUUCUUUUGCAACCAAUCUUUUGGACCUUAAUUUGGAGGGUAUUUAAGUGUGUAUGUGGCCUUCUCUUCUGAUCAUCAUGUGGGUUCAGUUGGAUCUGUGUGUGCAUGUGUGCGUGCACACACAGUAAAGUUGUUUGUAGUUUACUCCUUUUAUCAUUGAUUCUAAUGUUCCCCCCCCCAAUAAGGUGCAUUGAGCCGCUUUUGACUAAUAAGUGAUGGUGAUGAUGCUAGAUUCCAGUUCAUCUUCUGAAAUUCACAAGUCAUUACAUGCACAUUUCCAAUUUACCUUCCCAGAACUAAUAAGGGUUAAGCAACUUGUGUUUUUAGUUCAUUGUUACCUUAAAGGAGAAGCCCACAGGGAAACUAAACUUUGAGCUUGGUGCCAUAGCAUUCUGUCUUUUGUCAAACUCCUGUAGACACAAAGCUCCUGAUUUUUUUCCUUUCCUUCCAGCUUUGCGCCUGUCUUUCGACAUCUUUAUUAAAGAGGUUCCCUUGAAGGACUGGAAGAGAUUCAUGAGGGCCCUCGGGUUGCUGGAUAACGAUAUAGAUGCUAUUGCUUUGAUGCAUGUCGGAGAUAUGAAAGAGCAGCACUUCCAGAUGCUACGGACCUGGCACGACAUGAAUGGGAAGGGGGCGUCUUUGGACUCUUUGCUGGAGGCGCUCUGUAACAUGGACCUCAAAGGCAUUGAGGAUAAAAUAAGAGCUGCCCUGAUUACCCAGGGCCUGUAUGUCCUUGAAGAGUGA